GUGUUGUGUCUGUCUGAUAGCCACAACAAGUUUUAAUUUUAAUAAUUUUAUUAUAUUUUCUCUUUCAACGAAAACGAGAAAGCUGGCGACUGGCGACGAUGACUAAUAAUUGAAGAACGUACAUUGUAUAAUUGCUACAAGUAUAAUUAGUGAUUUGUUCAAAAAUACAGUUCAAACAAAAGUUUUCAAGUGGAAUGGUGUCGCCUUUGAUUGGAUUCAGACAGUGAAUAUGGCGGGGAAAGACGAAGACGAUGUAAUUUUGCAAGCUUUUAUGGUGAAAAGAUCACAAAACAAAAAGUUGUUUACUCCUGUAAAUUUUAAGGAGCGCUGGGUGGUGCUAAGACGUCGUUCACUUAUCUACUAUGACUCUGAUAGUGAAAGGCGCAGAGAGCGCGGGCGCAUCGCAACGGACGCGAUCCAUACGGUGGAGCAGGCGCAACUCGGCGAGCUGAGCAAACAGCUGCCCGACGGCAUCGGAGACAACUCAGCUUAUAGAUACCCUUUUCAGGUGGGCUACUCUGAGCAGAACACAGACUACACCUUGUACCUUAUAGUUGGAGACCACUCAGUGCGCCUACAUUGGAUUCACGCCAUAAGGAGUGUGUGCGUGUACAAAGUGCGGCGGUCGCGAUACCACCCGGGCGCGUGGUGCGCUCGGCGCUGGGCGUGUUGUGACGCGGAGCGCCGGUCCGCGCCGGGCUGCCAGCUCGCCGCCGACUGGCCCCUGCCCGAGCCGCAGAUCGAACUGCUGGUGCAGGAGAAGAAGCCCCUUAACGACGUUACAUUGCAGGGUUGCCAGCUCGCCGCCGACUGGCCCCUGCCCGAGCCGCAGAUAGAACUGUUGGUGCAGGAGAAGAAGCCGCUCAACGACGUUACAUCAGGUUCAUGGUUUGACGGAGAGUGCAAGGUUGCCAGCUCGCCGCUGACUGGCCCUUGCCCGAGCCGCAGAUCGAACUGCAUGCUGGUGCAGGAGAAGAAGCCCCGACGACGUUACAUCUCGUCGAUGACUAGCUUAUCCGAACCACAGAUAGAACUGCUGGUGCAGAAGAACAAGUCCCUCAACGGCGCGGUGUUAUGUGUAGGCAGCGCGGGGCCGCGGAGGCUCUACUGUGAAUGUGGCUUAUCUCGAGAGCGGUACAUUGACACGUUACUCGGCAGUCGCAGCCAGGUGUCGCGCGCGAACGUCCGCCGAUUUACCGUUUCCAUGUUGCAGACCAAGUCCGAAGACGAACCCAUGGUCACCAAGAAGAAGUCUAAGAUACCAUGCCUGUCUCUAUCAUCAUUCCUCCCGGCAUUAGAGGCUGUCACGGCGGCGGUCACAAUGCCAGGAGGCGGCGGCGCCCCUCCCGGCACUCCGUCGGCCAAGCCAAAGGUAAAUUCAAAGGAGAAGCAAAGAACCAAAGUUGUGGUAGCGCUGUACCCAUUCAAAGCCAUAGAAAGCGGCGACCUAUCAUUAGAAAAGGGCGCUGAGUAUGAAGUAAUUGACGACUCCCAGGAACAUUGGUGGAAAGUAAAAGACGAACACGGGUGGUACGUGGGCGAAAUGUCUCGCCAGAGAGCGGAAUCUCUACUGAAACAAGAGGACAAGGAGGGUUGUUUCGUAGUCCGCAAUUCCUCCACUAAGGGCAUGUACACGCUCUCGCUAUAUACCAAAGUUAACCACCCGCAAACAAAACACUACCAUAUAAAACAGAACAGUCGCGGCGAGUUCUAUCUCUCUGACAAGCACUGCUGCCCCAGCAUACCGGAGCUCAUCAACUAUCACAAGCAUAACAGCGGCGGGCUGUGCUCGCGGCUCAAGACCACGCCCUGCGACCGACCCGCGCCGCCCACAGCUGGCCUCUCGCAUGACAAAUGGGAGAUAGACCCAUCAGAGCUGGUCCUCCUAGAGGAGUUAGGCGCAGGCCAGUUUGGCGUGGUCCGGCGCGGGCGCUGGCGCGGCCGCACAGACACCGCCGUCAAGAUGAUGAAGGAGGGCACCAUGUCGGAGGACGACUUCAUUGAUGAAGCUAAGGUCAUGACUAAACUCCAACAUCAGAACCUAGUCCAGCUGUACGGCGUAUGUUCCAAGCACAGACCCAUCUACAUCGUAACCGAGUAUAUGCGGCAUGGCUCGCUGUUCAACUACUUACGCCGCACCUCGCCUGACCAGCUGGGGCCUGGCGUACUGCUGGAUAUGUGCAUACAGGUCUGCAAAGGAAUGGCGUAUCUAGAAAGGCAUAACUAUAUUCACCGAGAUUUAGCGGCGAGAAAUUGUUUGGUUGGGGAUGAAAAUGUGGUUAAAGUAGCAGAUUUUGGACUAGCGCGGUAUGUAUUGGACGACCAAUACACGAGUUCUGGCGGUACGAAAUUCCCUAUCAAAUGGGCGCCGCCUGAAGUACUCAACUACACGCGGUUUUCCUCCAAAUCUGAUGUUUGGGCUUUUGGUGUACUAAUGUGGGAGGUGUUCACAUGCGGAAAAGUGCCAUACGGUCGAAUGAAGAAUUCCGAAGUGGUGGAGAUGGUUCAGAGAGGACAAGUGCUGGAGAAACCCAAAGGAUGUUUGAAUGAAAUUUAUAAUGUAAUGCUGGCAUGCUGGCGGCACGCGCCCGACGAGCGGCCGUCCUUCCGCGUGCUGAAGGACGAGCUGGCGGACAUGAUGCAGCUGGUGCUGGCCGACUGACUGCGCCUGCUGCUCGCCCUGCUGCAGCCGCCGCCCGCCACGCUGCCGCGCGCGCGCCGCCAGGCCGCGCCGCCCGUCUGAGCACGCUACAACACGAUACAUCGCGAGAUACUGCUCUACGAGAUCACCACAUUCACCACAGUAGUCAGUAUUGUAAUCAAGCUCGUCUGAACACUACGCUACAACACGAUACAUCGCGAGAUACCGCUCUACAAGAUCACCAGUUCACCACCGGUGUGUGCAAUGUAAUCGAGCUCGUUUGAAUGCUACGCUACACCACGAUACAUUACUAAAAUACCACCACCGGGGCGUAUAACGUCAGUUUUGUAAUUGAGCUCGUCUGAAUACUACGCUACACCACAAUCCACUACUGGCGUUAACAACGUCAGCUAGCUCGUCUGAACGCUACGCUGCAACAAGAUACAUCGCGAGAUACUGCUUUACAAGAUCACCACAUUACCCACCGGUGUGUGCAACGUCAGCAAUUUAAUAAUUGUGCUCGUUUGAAUGCUACGCUACAACACGAUACAUCGCGAGAUACUGCUCUACAAGAUUACCACCGGUGUGUGCAACGUCAGCAAUGUUACUGAGCUCGUUUGAAUGCUACGCUUCACCACGAUAAACUACUAAAAAUACCACCACAGGAGUGUACAACGUUAGCAAUAUCAUUCAAGCUCGUCUGAAUGCUACGCUACAACACGAUACACUACUCAGAAAUGCCACCACCGGUGUGUGCAACGUUAGCAAUGUAAUCGAGCUCGUCUGAAUGCUACGCUACAACACGAUACACUACUCUACAUACCACUACUGGCGUUAACAACGUCAGCAAUGUCAUCAAGCUCGUCUGAAUGUUACGAUAUACCAAGCUACACUAUGAUACAAAACGCUACACUACCAGCAUAACAUACCACCAACAUUUUGAACAAUCUACUACUACUACACUACACUUCACUGUCAAUCACAAUCAAUCAAUCAAACACACACAAUAUCAGCGAUUGCAACCAUGCCAUCCGACUAAACAUUACUACACUAUUACUGGCAGGUUCAUUAUAAGCAAUCUAAAUGACAUUUUGUUUACUAUCAAGUAUUUAUCGUUGCAUAUAUUUUCGUCCGAGCACAACCAUUGCCUCAUCGGUUCCGCAUUUUUUCUCCUUGUCUGAAAGUAAUUGUCUUCCAUGUUCUUCCAGACAAUUUUUAACUAAUCAUUCAGUACUACUAAUAAUAGCUCGAAUGUCGUUGAUGUGUCUCCAAAAAUCCCUGUGUGGCCAAAAAAUUGCGAAAGUAGCCAAGUCUCGCGGAUAGUUUUGAUAUUUUUGUAGGCAUUUUAACAAAAGGCGGGUAUUAGUUGUCCUUUUAUCAGAUUUUAGAUCUAUUAAUUAAAAUAAUAUCAUACAUACCAUUGACUGUUUUUGUAAUUACAAAAUAAAAAAACAAAGUGAUGUAUAGCUACGUGCUGUUACAAAGUAUAUUACAACUUGCUAAUUUGAUAAGAUGAUGAAUGCAAAAACAUCUUCAAGGACUGCUGGGCAAUCCUAAAAUGCGUAAUCGUUUAUUAUUAAAUCAUUGAGUUAUGUUAUCAGAUGAAGAUUGUCCGAUUUUGUGCUGUGAAAGAAUUCAACGAAUUGAAUAUAUUGCAUGGAAAUUAUAAUGCCAACCGCAAAACAUUUAUAGAUUAUACGGAUUUUUUCCAAACAUAGUCUUCAUAAAAUAACUGAAACUAUGAAAUUCUAGACAAUGUAACAUUAGAUAGAUAACUAGGUAGUGUUUUAUUGUAUACCACACGAAAUUAGCAAUUGGAAAACAACCAAUAAAUACAUGAACAAUAAAAUUGUCUAUUACGAUUCGAUAGUCUCAAUGCGUCUAGUGUAACCCAAAAUUUGUGGGAAAAUUUUGAUUGAUAUUAUGAAGAGUAAUGAAAUAAAAAUAUUUGUGGUAAACUACGGACUUCAAUUCAGUUAUCGCAGAAACGCCCCACAUCGAAUCUGAACAAUAAAUACAUGCAUGGAAUUGAUGGGAUAAACUAAAGGAAUUGAAGAAACUAUACAGUUAUUACCCUUAAAAUGUACAUAAUACACUGCCACCAGUCCGCUACAGAGACGUUAUUUGAAAUUUCAGACAAAGAAAUAUUAAUUUUCGGAUCUAUCUCGCUAAAGUUCUGUUUUAAUAUAGGUUCUAAGUGUAAUCCCGGUAAACGUUAAAUAACGUUUCUGGGUGGGUAUAUCUCAAGUUAUAUGUGAUACAUUUAGUAGAAAUAGUAGAGCCAUUUAGACUGGUACAACACAUGGCCCGUACGUGUCAACUAACCACGUCAGUAUUUAAUUAUGUAUGGUAGUACGACUAGCUUUUAACGAUAUUUAUCAUAAUCCACGUCACGCGUAAUUUUCAAUUCAUUAUAUUCACCACAGUCAUAGUACACCUUUAUUCCUUUUGCAUGCACGUCAUAGGUAGUGCAAUAUCAAUCGUACAUUGUAAGGAAGGAGUAUAAGCCCAUCAUCAUAUCAUUACUUAUGUAAUUAUUAAUGUACAUAAAUUAUAGUAGUUAUUUAAUAUAUUAUUAGAUGACAUAUAGAACAUGUACCAUGCAUUUGAACGACGCACAAUAGAAAACAUUAUUUUUGGUAAACACAUGUCAUUGCUUUAGCAUGUUAAGAUUGUCACAAAUAAACCGAAUUUGUUAUUGUAUUGCUAAAUUUUGUACUCGAAGGCUGUUUUUACUUUUGUAAUUCCUUUUGUUGAUAACUAGUCAUAAUUAUGUAUUUAGUGUCAUAAUUACGUAUAGUGGGCACAAAAAUAAACAAAAAAGACACUGAAGCAUUGUCCACUAUGGUUGCAGUGGUAUCUUAGAAUUAAACCAAUCGUUUUCAGUUUUUGAAUCUGUGGUAUUUUCGCGUUUCUAUAAAGAUUUUUUAGCGUCGAUUAUUGUAAAUUAAUAAUGAUUCUAAAGUCUUGUCAUACUAGUGACAUUAUACGGAGCUUAUCAAAAGUUCGAAAAAAUUCGGUCCAAUAAGGUAAGUAAAGUAUUGAUUGAAAGGUUGUAGUAUAAUUUCGCGCUACGUGGGUUUGCGAUUUAUCCAAAAUUAAAAGGGACCUUAGCGGGGACACUUAUACUGAAUAUGUGCCAAUUAUUUCCUUACCCAUUUUAGGAAUUAAACUUCAGAAAUAACAACAGUACAGGAUAGUUGGUUUUCAAGUAAUAUGUAUACAACAAUUUUAUAUUAUUUUAAGUCAAAACUUGAAUCACCAGUGAGACAAUUCAUAUCAUCGAUUCACAUACCGUUUAAUCUAUCCCACUAUAGGUGGCGGUCGAAGAUACAUUUACUGCAAAAUUAUUACCUUUCUCAAUGGUGGUUCAACGAAGGAUGAAUUAGUUCAUAGCUUGAAACAGUCAUUAUUAUUUUCUAAAAUGUAUACUUAGCGAGUCCAUAAGUCAUUUGGUCGUAAAUCUUACGAUUUAUUGUGAUAUCUGUCGAAAGUGCUUAGAAAUAGCGCUACUAUUAAUUUGUAUUGUUAUUUUAUUAGGAAAACUAUAGUUUGUUAUUAAGUACUAUGUAAUUUGUAAUGAAAUGAAAGUAACAGUUGAGGAGUACAAUAUAAACAAAACA